AUGGCUAUCGAACUGAAAAAGUCGGAGUUGAUUUUCAACAAGCCCCUAUACAUUGGUAUAGCUAUUCUUGAUUUAUCGAAAAUUGUCAUGUUUGAUUUCCACUACAAUUUCAUGUUACCAAAGCUUGGAGCUGACGUAAAACUCAUGUAUACCGAUACGGACAGCUUCAUCUACGAAAUUGUAUGUGACGAUGUGUAUAGUGAGGUGAUUGAUGCAAAUAUCGAGAGAUUUGACACGUCUGACUAUGCUCCAGACAAUAUUUAUGGUAUACCUCGAGUAAAUAAAAAAGUCUUGGGCCUAUUAAAGAAUGAGGCAAACGGUAAGAUUAUUACGCAUUUUGCUGGACUACGAUCCAAGAUGUACAGUUAUAAAUUGGAUAUAACGGAUGAGGAUAUUGAAAAAGAGAGAAAGCGAUUGGAAAGAAAGGGAUUCAGUAAAGAACGACUAGAUAGGGAAUUGGAAAAUUUCGGUAUAAAUAAAAAAUCCAAAGGUGUCAAGAAAUGUGUUGUCAAAAAUAAGUUGACUUCUGAUGACUAUGUGAAUUGUCUGACGGCUUGGAAAGGAAAGACCGUAGCCCAGCAAACGAUUCGUUCCUACGCUCACGAUGUUUUUCCAUCGAACAAACAAAAAUUGGUCUGA